GUGGAUCUUGCAGUUUACUAGUUAGGUUACAAAAACUGCAGGAAGAAUCCUCAAAAUAACAUGUUCGCAGCAAAUCGAAAAGAUGCACUUGUACUUUGUCAAUACUUUCAGGAUAAGAAGCUUGAUUUUAAAGGGAAGAAGGUGCUUGAACUGGGUUCUGGUACUGGAAUUGUGGGAAUUUUGGCAGCACUUCUGGGUGGACACGUUACCAUUACGGAUGUAACAGAGGUUUUGAAGCAAAUACAGUACAAUGUCAAUGCUAACAUCCCAGACGCCUCCAAACAUCAUCCAAAAGUCUGUGCCCUUCAUUGGGGCACCGAUCAGGAUGACUUCCCUUCCGACUAUGAUUUCAUUCUCGGGUCGGAUAUUGUGUACAGCCCCUCGCUCUUCCCAGGUCUUAUACAGACGCUUGUGCAUUGCAGCAAUGAAAACACUACCAUUUACUUGUCAACUAACAUGCCCGCCAGAAUGGGGACCGAGACUUUCCACAGGGAGCUUGUAACAAGGAAAUUCAACAGUGAGCUCGUGCAUACCAACGGGAUGAUCUGUAUUUACAAAGUGACCAAAAAACACGCGAGAUAAGCAAGAGUUCCUGACGCCGGACCGAAGAGUGACCAUCUAUUUGUUCACUUUGCAUCACUCUUGAGUCGUAGAGUGAGAUUGACAGUAUUCCGAAUGUCGGUGUGAAUAAACUUACUUUAUUUCUUUCCCCCAUCCUUCUUUGGUCCCUGUCUAAUUUGCUGUCUCAAAUAUUGGUGAUUCAUUCAGGUAAAAUAAUAAAUAUCCAGCUCUCUCCCAAAUAAAACCCCACAAAUGAAAACGCUAUUAAAUCACAGCAAAGACAUCCGACCCAAGCUUUUCAGUUAUUCGAUCCCAUUGCACCG